CUUGUCUGUUAUACCUAUUGAGCACUUCUAUUUUGAAGUAAAAUUGUUAUAAACAACAUGGAGGUUUUAUUAAGCAACGUGGAUUAUUUCUUCCAUUGGCUUGGAGGGCAUGAAAUUUGUUUGAACUCUUUGAAGUGAAUUCUGGUUGCGUUUAGCUUCUUUUUUUUAACAAGUAUUUCUUCCAUUGGCUUUUUUUUUUUAAAGUGUUUGAUUUUGCAUAGAGAAAGUGUAGAAUGUAGAUAGUCAAAUGCAUGUACGAGGAUUAUGAUAGUGAUUUUUGCAAUUUCGUUGUGUUCAAUUGUGCUGAAGCUCUCGAUUUUCUUUUAUUCAGCACACAGAUAUGGUCAGGCUAUUGACUUGUACACGCAGGCGAUAGAGCUAAAUAGUCAGAAUGCAGUGUACUGGGCCAAUCGCUCACUUGCUCACACCAAAUUGGAAGAGUAUGGUAGUUCCAUACAAGAUGCUACUAAGGCAAUUGAAGUGGAUCCUAAAUAUUCAAAGGGUUAUUACAGACGAGGCGCAGCUUAUCUUGCCAUGGGGAAGUUUAAGGAAGCACUAAAGGAUUUUCAACAGGUGCUGGGGUUGUAAUAUUUCAAAAAGAUUUUUGUUUCAUUGUCUUUGUUUAACUUCUUUCAUUCA